UGCAAAACGGCUGUGAGAUAGUUUAUUGCUUUCUUUUUCUUUAUACGGAGUAGAAUAUAAGAUCAGAAAACCAACGCCUCUUCCCAUUUAAGACGCUUCCUAAACGCGUCUAUACAUACACACAUUCUAUGCGUACAUAUUGUUAUGUGUAUCAUACAAACACAUCAUUUCUUUCCUGAAUUCAUCAAUUUAAAUGUAUACUGUAUUCCAAGGGGCUUUCACUCCGGAUUUCGCCACAUCGCCGAGAGAUGUAUAUGCAUACGUGUAUGAAUGUCUAUAAUUGAGCUGUUAAUUUGUAUGUUGGGGAUUUUCUUUCUCAGGUACCUUUCUCAUUUGGAAAGAUUAGUCUGAACUUCAAUUUCUUCUGCUGAAUAGCUGUUAUAUAUGGGGAUUUUGAAAUUUGUGUUUGUAUGCGGAAUUCGAGUGAUUAUAGUAUGUUGGUUUCUUUUAUUCUGCUUGCUUUAAAGUUAGCUCGAUCUUUGCUCAAUUGAUUGACUUUGUACGAUCAGGAAUUUAGGGCUAUUGACUUAUUGUUGAAGUUGAUCAUCUGGUGAGAAGCGUCUCGAUCUAGGAUUACUUUUGAAUGAUGGCCAGGCAAAGCAAUGGUAGGAAGAAGGCGCGAUCUGAGUGUAUAGGUUCUGAUCAGUCUGAUGAGGAUUACAUGUUUGAUGAAAAUGAGUGUGAUGAAUCAGAGGAUGAAUACUCCUCUUUCAUCGAAGACGAGUCUGAGGAGUGUGUAGGUGCAUACACAGAUGUUAAAAAAGAGAAAGAGGCGAAGAGGAAGAAGGCGAGGAAUGCAGUUAGACAAAGAGCAUCAAGGACAAAGAAAAAGAGAUCUGUAAGACCUAGAAAAAGGAAAAGAGUUUCAUACAGGGAAUUUGAUGCUGAAGACGAUGACAAUGAUGACGAAAAUGAUGAGGACUUUAAACCAAAUGAGGUUCUUGGUGUACAUGAUGAAGCUGAGUUGACCAUCACAAAUGGGAAUACAAUGUUGUGCCGGACACGUCUGCACACUCGCAUUUCCAAAGAUGAUGACACUGAAUACACACCAGAUGAUGUUGAUGGUACUACAGAUGCGGAAGAAGAAGAAGCACUGCCUCUGACAAACAAAAAGUCUGGUAAGCUACGAUUGCGCAAGUGCAUUCCCAAUAUGGAAGAAGAAGAAGAUGAUGAUGAUGAUUACGAUGAGGCUGAUGAUGAAGAAUUCACAAUAGAUGAGGUUGAUGGUGCAUAUGAUGAGGAAGAUGUGUUUCCUGUGAUCAAAAGCAGCAAGAAGUUGAGAAAGAGACGAUUACAUAAGGGAAUUGCCAAAGGUGAAGAGGGUGAUGACAGUGACGAGGAAUUUAAACCGAAUGAGGUUGAUGAAGUUGAUGGUGUAUAUGAAGAAGAAGAGUUUCUCUUUCCAUCGGAGAGUGAGACACGGUUGCAAAGAGGCAUUUCCAAAGGACAAGAGUAUGACGAUGAUCAUGAUGAUGAAUAUUACUCCACUCUAGUUGAGGUUGAUGACUUUGAUGAAGAAGAAGAUGAUAUGUCCAUAAUGAGAAGGAGUAGGAAGCUCCGCCGGACAUGUCUAGACAAGGGCGUUGCUAAAGGGAAACAGUGUAAGACUACUACCUCUGAAGUCUCAAUGAAGAUCACAAGGGGGAAAAGGAGAAGUAAAUGCGGAGUGAAUAAGAGAGGAAGAUUUGAUGAAGAUGUGAAGUUAAAAAGUAUUACCUCUGAAAAAGAAACGGAUAAGAUCACUAAAGAAGAGAGAAGGAGUAAGAAGCUAAUUGUACAUUCAGAUUUGAAUUCUAGAAAUUCUGGGCCAUUGGACUAUGUGUACAGUAUCUCUGAAGAAGAGAGAGAACAAGUUAGAGAAGCUGGUGAAUUUUGUGGUGGCUUGACUUCUAGUUGGAGGUGUCCAGUUGUCCCAAAGGAUUUAUUGGAACAAGAGAGGGCACAGAUUCAAAAGAAACGGUCAAGAAGAAAAGAUAAGGAGAAGGUUGAAGAUCGGAAGACUGAAGCAGGAAAGCAGGUUUGUGGAAUUUGUUUGUCUGAAGAAGGUAAAAGAAGAGUUCGAGGAACUUUGAAUUGUUGCAACCACUACUUCUGCUUCGCUUGCAUCAUGGAGUGGUCAAAGGUUGAGUCUCGUUGCCCCCUCUGCAAGCAAAGAUUUGUCACGAUCAGCAAGCCUGCAAAAUCAAACACUUGUUUAGAUUCAAGGACUCUGGUUAUUCAAGUCUCUGAACGUGAUCAGGUAUAUCAACCAUCUGAAGAGGAACUUAGGGGGUAUCUUGAUCCAUAUGAAAAUGUCAUGUGUACUGAAUGUCAACAAGGUGGGGAUGAUGCUCUAAUGCUUCUCUGCGAUCUCUGUGAUUCAUCUGCACAUACUUAUUGUGUUGGUCUUGGGCAUGAAGUACCUGAAGGGAAUUGGUACUGUGAGGGCUGUAGACCAACAACUGCUCUUGAUUCUCUGAACCAACAAAAUUUGAAUCUUCCUUUUGAGAGUAGAACAAGCAGCUUCUCUGUCAGAUCACCUACACCCCUCCACAUGCCAAAUGUGAGAGAAUCUUCUUUUGAUUUAAAUGAGAUGUACAUACCUGAGACUCCAUUAAACCAGGAAGUUUUCAAUGUUCCAUCUCCCAGAACUGCUUUCCCACCAUCAGGAACUGCCGCAACUGUUUCCGACAGGAGAAGGAUACAACGCCAAAUACACCUCAUCCUCAAUGACAGAAUGAGACAGGGGGGUGAUAAUAGAACUACUGGGGUUCCAGCUGGUGUCACAGGGAAUUAUCUUUUUGGCUCUCAGAUUACAGAGUUAGCUCCUCAAACCCAUGUUUCUUUCCUUCACGGAAGAAGGUUGCAGGGUAGUAGUAUCCCCGUUUUAUCACAAAGUAGGAAUGCUUUUGCUGAAGCAUCCAGCCAUUUUAGUGUGCAACCGUUUCAAAACCAACCUUCUACAUCUGCUCACAGACCCUUUAGCGGAUUGUUGUUACAAGGAGCGGUUAACUUAGGAAUUGGUUCAGGGUUGGUUCAUCAGCAACUCCAUCCUUGCAGUAGCAGCAGACCUGACAUUGUGCCUGAUGCUAGGACAUCUCCUUAUCAAUUUAGAGAGGCUGCUGUACCUUCUAUGCCUUGGUAUGGAGGCUAUACACAUCAGUUUCGCUAACGGGAGUCCCGAGGGCCAGGGAAGUGAAAUUUUCAUUUAAUCUCCAACGAUUGGGAAAAUUUUGAUCUUAUCAUACACAGAAGGUUAUCAUAUGUUGUUUGAAUUUAUCUGCAAGGAAUAUGGUGAACAAUCUUAACAACGGUCUAAUUAUCUCCAUCUGCUUCAUGUUGUCCUUCAAGGCCCUUUCUUCACAUUUGACACUUUCGCGCUGGCAUUGCCCUGCAUGUCUUCCUCACAUUGACACUUGUGCACAUCCAUUUUCAUGCAAGUCUUACUCACAUUUUACCUGUCCAUUUUCUAACAGUAAUUAUUUCUUUGAUUUUCCCCAUACAGAUGCGGCAAUUGGUUUCCAAUUAUUUCUUUCUGCCUAUAAAUAUAAUGACAAAUUUCAUUCAUGGAUAAUCAACGAGGCCAUCCACCUUGUCUCUCUAAUUUUUCAGUUCGAUUGAUACAUAUUUUAUUUCUAG